GUAGUGGGGACGAUUGCUUUCACGCGGAAAUGAAAGUUUUAAUGGCCCAUAUGCUCUCGCCGUGAACCCUGCAACGCUUUCUUUCUUUAGGUCAUAACCAACGCCUUUGAUUUUACACCAACCCCUAACCCACCAGAAGAAAAAAAGGCCAACAAAUCCUCCACUACUAUAUCACUGUCCGUUUUCUCUUCUCUUUGACCUCCAUCUCAUAGCUAUGGAAAAAAUUCAAGAAUCAAGAAAUCCUCGCCAGCCACAACCCACUAACCCAAACCCUCUUCUAUGGGAUUGUGGAAGCUCUCUCUAUGAUUCUUUUGAGCUUAAAUCUCUCGAGCGUCAACUUUACUCUGCUAUACAUUCGAAAACUUUAUCCAUGCCUCGUUUACCCGGUCGCAGAGCGGCGGCGGCGGCGGCGGCGGUUCCGAAUCCACAGCCUCCUUUAAUCCCUCUUCCUCCUCCUACUGCUGUAUCCAAGAAACCCUCUAAAAUUUCUCGAUCACUCCACAAGUUAUUCAAAUUUGUGUUCCGGUUUAAACAGAAUUCUAGACCAGGUCAUGAAUACUACGUCGUUUAUGACAAGUCUGGGGCUCUUUCCACCAUUCCUGAGGUGCCAGAGAUUGAGUUUGGUGGAUUCUCGCCUGACAUUAACUCCUUGGUGAGGAGAAGUGGGUCGGAGAGGUUCACGGCCACUUCCAUGAUGGGUAUUUCAUGCGUCUGAUAAUGGUGUGUGGAUCAUAUGAAUAUAGUUUUGUAUGAUUAUAGAUUAGAAAUAUAUAUGCAUGAAUUCAUGUUGCUCAAGUGUUGGAAACUUUGACCCAAUUGUCAUGGUUAGUUUGAAUCAUGAUCGGUAUGAACGGUGAUGAAGGUCAAAUUUAUGGUGAGAACUAUUUUCAAUAUUAAUUGAGUUUGAUGAUAAAUGAUUUGCUUUAUUUUCUUUUAA